AUGUCUGUCGCGUGGUCCGACAGGGGACUCGAUUCUCUGCGCACCGCGGACAUGGAGAUCGACCGUCACACUGCGAGCAUCAGACUACUGUACGUCGUGGAGUUUAAUGGACGGCAAGAUGGGAAGGGCGUCCGGGGCAAAGGUUCAGGGACACCACCAUCACUACCACCACCAUCACCUCGCUCUCUCCACUUGGAGCCUCUGGUCGAGCUCCACCUGUCAAAACAGAUGCUUUGGAGCCGGCGGACCCGGAGAACAUGUCAGGGCAGAUGGAGCCAGUGGGAGAUUAGAGUGGCCAGCACGACCAACCUGGACAUCCAAUUGGGCACAUCGCAGACAGCGGCGGGGCGCUGGGACCAUACUGGUCUAAGGCAUGAAGGGAGUACGAAGGUCGGCACCGGAUGUACCGGCAUUGGAAUAAGGGGUGGGGGAGGGAGAGAGGGCAAGUAA